AUGUCAGAAAGUGACCUUGUAUUAGACGAGACAAAACUCUCCGCCGAGAAUGGAGAUAUAUAUCUAUUCCAAUGGCUAUGUGCAACAGAGAAAACACUCAAUAAUAUGUCGGUGGAAGAGCUUAAAGCGGCCCAGUCCACCACAGAAGCAACCCUCCUCAAGUGCAUCAAUGUGACAUCGCCCUUUCCCGCCCCUGGCCGACCGAUACGGUCUUUGGUCGCACGAUGCUUUCUCAUCAUAUACUCCCGAGGAGAAACACUGACGAUGUAUGAUACCGUACAGGCAUGCUUAAAAGUGGCCGGAGACUCGAAGUUAUCUGAGAAAGAUGGACGACUGGCAGCCCUUUACGUCCUCGGAGAGAUUAUGGCCGCCCAUGGAUCUCAGUUAAUGUCAUUCGCUAUGGAAGUCGCCUUGAUUACAACGCGCGCACUUAAAUCAUCCAGCAAUAGUCUACUACUUAGAACACACGGUCUUCGUGCCGUGGCAAGAGUUAUACCAACUGCGGGUAAAGCCCUCACGGAUGCCGCUACCAAAGACCUCAUGAAGCAACUCAAGUCUUGUCUAACGGAUAAAUCUAUGGUCCUGCAGAGAGAGGCCGCCGAGGUUCUGCUCGCACUGCACGCGCAUCUCAAUCAACUCCGCUCCCCUCCAGAGAUCGAGCAGAUCCUCGGUCUAUGCGUCAAAUCAUUCGAUACUUCAGAUAAGCCCACCAGAAGAGCUCUUUCUCGGUUGAUUGGAUCCCUCCUUUCGUCUACCCAAAAUCCGAUCGCCCGGCCACCCGAGCCUACGAAGAAAAGUGGCCAAAAGAAGGAUCAAUCUGGGAGCGAUGACGAUACACCAUCUCACGCUACUACAACAAACCAGGUAGAAGUACUCUCAGCCGAUACUAUGCUCGGUCUUCUUGCGACGCAGUUCCAUAAACCUUCUACUCAUCGAAGGGCGCGUGUAGGGAUUGCCGAAUGCUAUUCUGCACUAUUCGUCACACUUGGUCGUACCUGGGUAGAAAGUCAUUAUUCUUUGAUCGCUUCUCAUCUCCUUAAAUUAUUGGAUCACCCGCGCCUGAGAACGGCGGGCGCGAUCAUGCCCGCUAAUCAUGUGCGAUACGAACGACUCUUGGCCCGUCAGAUCGUCGGCGCACUAUUACGACAGCGUACUCUAUCCGAACGUGGACAAAUUGCAGCUGUCAGAAUACUAUCAGCCGACUACCUCACCAAAUGGCCGGCUGUAAUGCCCGGAAGUAUUGCACCCACCCCAGACGUAUUAGUAGCCUGCCUCAGGGAAAUCGCUGCCUUGCUGGAUCAGCUAGGGAACGCGCCUCCACCUGUUCAAGAAGCUCUAGCAGACCCGUUGGUUGCAUUAUCCGCUCACCCGCGCCACUCUGUACAAGUCGCUGCUGCCUGGACCCUUCGUGCUUUUUGCAAUGCUGCACCAAACCGUCUUGCCCCGACCGUGACUAACGUUUUGGAGCAAUUGCAGAAAGACGUAUCCGGCCUCGGCAAUCCUGCUGCUCCAGCUGACCUCGGACGACGAGCUGUAGGGAAGGCCAAAGCACUUGCCGCCCUUUUGGCCUUGGCCCCGACCCGACCACUUUAUGUAUCAGGCGAACUUGCAGCCAAGGUACUGGAUUGCGCUGUGUCCAUGCUGAAAAAAUCCGGGGAACAUGCCGUGCAUAUUGCGAGCGUCGAAGUGGAAUGUGCUUGGGGACUCAUCAGCGCUCUCACGUCACUUGGUGGAGUAUUUGUCCGUGGACAUCUAGCUAGUUUAUUGGCGCUCUGGCGUAAUGCGAUACCCAAAGUCAGCGCACGCGACUCUGCAAACAGUGGCCGUAGUGUGGAAGAAUGGGGGUUCUUACUUCAUGUCAGAGGCUCUGCCGUCGGCGCACUCGCCGCGUUCUUGGAAUCAUGCGGUCCGCACGUUGCUACCGCCGGUGGGCUGGUAACACUUGAUGUAGGAAGGCGAUUGACUACCCUCUUGAGUAAUGCUCUGGCUUUUGCUAGUGCGGCGACCACGUAUUUUGCAUCUUUAGAAAUGGAGAACCAGGGAACUGCUGCCAUCGGUGGAAUCGGCCUUAGUCUACGUGAUUUGGAGAGUAACCUUCGCACCCGGGCCCUUAUAUGCUUCUCUCUUCUUGGAUUUGCCGCUUUAUCGGACUCGGCCCAGGCGGAUCUCAUCAAAAGUACCAUAAGCAUAUUCGCAGGUCCAGGCGUAGGAAACAGUAUGCAAGCCGCGAUUGCAACCGCUGCUGGGUUGUCGCUCAGCGAAAGUGCCGAUGGCUAUACAUGGGGCCUAUCAAGCCUAGCCGCAGAAACGGAAGAAAAAAAUAUAGAUCGGGAUAGUGUUGAAGAAGAGCUUAAUAGACUGCUCACACAACCGAUUGUGGGAUCUUUAGAACACAAUCCUCUCAUGCUUUCUUCUGCUAUGGCUCGAGGAGCGACCUGGCCUCAGCCUCCUCCUCCAGCUACAGCCAUUGUCGACGCAGCAAUUAUCUUAUUCGCAUCGCUUUUGCCUACACAAGAACAUUCCAGUGUAUACAGCAACGUGCAGUUUCUUAUCGAAUCAUGUCGCUCUCCCAAGUUGGACCGAAAUGCAGGGCGCAAAGCGGCUGUCCUUGUCAACACCGCUGUAGCGCUCACUCGAACUCUUCGUAUUGCAACAGAAACAGGGGGGAGAAAAGCCCGAGAUAAUAUUGGAAAUCCAACAGUAGUUGCCCCACUCAGUGAGCUUCUGCAGGGUGCUAUACUAAGCUCAGAUCAUGUCCUACGAAUUGCAGCGAGCGAGGCACUCGGUCGAUUGGCCGCACUUGGAAGCACGAAUUUUCUCACUUCUCAAGUCAAAUAUUUAGUGGACCAAGUAGUCAUUAACAGAGAUCCAGAUGGGCGAGCUGGAUGUGCACUAGCAUUUGGCGCCAUUUACAGCCACGUCGGAGGGCUUGCUGCAGGCCCUUUACUGAAGACUACAGUGAACGUCUUGAUGUCUCUUGGAAAUGACCCCCACCCUGUAGUUCACUAUUAUUCCCUCAAAGGACUCGCCCAGGUUAUUGAUGCGGCGAGUCUGUCAUAUUCGCCGCAUAUAGCCAGCACGCUGGGCUCUCUUUGUACUAUCUACCUGCGCGACACCCACGACCCUGCUGGUGGUAGUGCUCACACAUCGAAUCUUGCCGGGGAUCUGCCUGCAUACGAGGUGAUAUGUCAAAUAAUCGACGCAUUGAUUGGCGUACUGGGUCCAGAACUACAAGAGCCUUCUCGAACCCAGUCACUUGUUCUCGAUCUAGUACACGAAUUUUCAGAAGAACGUGAUGAAGGAAUUGCCGUGGAAGCCAUAAAAUGUAGCCAGCAUGUCUUGAUGUUUGCCUCAGGCUUUGUGGACACGCCUGCUUUAGUUGACCGACUGCGCGCAAAUCUGGUGAGCACUCGACGACCUUUGAAGCUUGCCGCCAUCAAUGGACUCUAUCAACUGGUACAAAAAGAUGCCUUGCUUAUGUCAAAGGUUGGCGGAGACAAACUUGUUGAAGACUUGUUCGGUAUGCUUGACGAUGACCCGACUAUCGAUGGAGUUAGAGAUGUGAUCCUCAGUUGGCUUCACCAAACUGUUACUUUGAACCCUUCCGCGUGGAUAGACCUCUGCCAGAGGAUCAUGGCCCGAACGACUGCGUCUCAACAAGUGGCGACGAGAACGACUGUUGGGUUACGUGACGAGGAGAGCGAAGGUCUAGGGGCGGCGAUGGGGCUGGAAGGAGAAGCCGCAUCCGAAUCAAGCAUUUUAACCUCACGCUGGCGCACACAACUAUUCGCACUGCAAUGCCUCCAUGAUAUAUGUAACUUGAUUGCGAGAUCAGGGCGACGAGAACAUGUCGAUAUUCCGUUUGCCAAGCUACAUGGAAUUCCGACCAACCAUUUGCUGAUCACUCGAGUACCAGAUCUGAUAAAAAUGGCCUUUACCGCGUCAGCGGCCUAUGUGACCGAAAUCCGUAUGGAAGGUUUAGUUGUAUUGAAAGAUGUCAUACAGAUGUUUUCUAAGUCACCCGACCCCGACUACGAAGAAUCGCUGUUACUCGAACAACAUCAGGCACCCAUCACUGCCGCAUUGACACCAGCAUUUUCUAGCGAUUCAACGCCAGACGUCCUCGCUUCAGCUAUUCAGUGCAUCAAUUUAGAGCCAGGCUUGCUGUCGAUAGGGGAUGUUCAGCAACUUGGACCUAAUGCCUCAGUAAUGCUACGCGUAUCAACACUGACUGCUUGGGCCGAGCUUGAAAUCGCCAGUGCAAGAGAAGAAUAUCUUCAGGCAGUGUUGAAGCCGUACCGAGGAACAUUGGCCUUGCUUUGGGUCUCAGCCUUACGCGAUUAUGCUAGCAUUCGAGCCGACUCCGAAGUCCAACAGGAUGGCGUGGCUGGAAUGGAUUCAGCUUAUACUGGACUGGGUCGUGAAACAUUGCUUCCUUACUAUUCCGAGUCAUGGUCCAAGAUACUAGCCGCGGUUGGUUGCGAAAUGAAGGCCGGAGACCCCCAUAUACUGCAAGCCAUGGAUGGGAUUGAUCCGGCGACAACUACAAUCAAUACCAGCAAAGUAACACGCAAGGAUCCUACUGGGUGUUUCUUUGUGAUUUUGGGUUUGGUCUAUGAAGCCCUUUCAAACGCGUCCUCUGAUAGUACCGCUACUUCGGAAACGAAGGCUACUGCCCUAACUGCGAUACAAGUGUUAGCUUAUCUAGUACGCCCAGAAUAUGCUGGCCAAGCAAUACUGGAUCAGCCAAUUUUCGAUGAACUUGUUGCACUAUGGUACCGCAUGACGAUGACGGAACCUUGGUCGAUUCAGACGUAUUUAGUUGGCAUGAUUGCAUCGCUCGCUAAGAGUCAACAUGCUACCGUUAGGCAAGGAAGUGCAAAUGGAAUUGAGUUGAUGGGUUCCGAGACGCCGAUUGCUCAAUGUUUGAAAGCUUGUGUCAUGAUCAUCAAGAACGCUAUCCCUUCACCUCAAGCACAAUCAAACAAUAUACCACAAAAUCCAGCGGAUCGAAUUCUUCUUUUGAUUAGUGCUUUCCAAGCUUUGAUGGCCAUUGGGGAAGUGGCAGGCCCUGCGACCCUUCCCAGCGUUCGGGCUCUAGCGAUUUCCAUUUAUUCAGAUUUAUUGAAAGACGAAUACUCGGAGAUUGAUUUAGUUGGGCCAACCCUCCAGUCAUUGAGAGGAAUGUUGCUUUCGGAUUCUAAAGACGUGCAAAAGGAGCCUGCGUACUCAAAGGUUGUCCACGGUUUACUUUCGGCAUGCCUUCAAAAUGUGGAUGAUAUGAGCGGACGCAUGGGCAAAGCCUCGGUCCUCAAAACGAAAAAUAACUUGCUGGCCGCGGUGUUGAUUUUGACCGUGACGCCGGCUGAGGUCAAGUUGAGUCGAGCCGCGGUCGAACACUGUUGCUUCCUAAUUUCACAGAAGCUUAACGAACCUGUUGAGAUAUCACUAGCCGCGGCUCAAUGUCUCAAAACCCUUGUCACCGUCUCUCAAAGUAAUCCCUUGCUUCAGUACGUGGCGUCUAUGCUAUUCCCUGGAGCAAUAUCUUUUGUCGUAAAUUGUACUGGAGAAGACGAAACCGGCCAAGUAGAUUGCCUACCUACUCUAGAGGAGAUAUUCCGUGCUUUUACUUCGUUUUUCUCCCAUGUUUCGGAAGAUAAUCGGCCCCGCGUUUUAGGAGCGCUUAUGCCACCAAUUACUUGCCUGUUACAGGCUGGCGAGGAUAAAGAUGGAAACCUGCAUAGGGCCGCGGUUUCACAGCUUCUCACGUUUGCGUCAACUGCACCUACAGCUUUCAAAGAAGCCGCUGGUCUAAUGAAGCAAGAGCAGCGGGAAACAAUGGAGGCGUCCAUUCGGCAGGCAGUAGUGGAACAGAGUAAAGGAAACGUGCAGGCUGCGACUAGCAAGCCUUCGAUUGCGCUACGAUCCUUCUAG